AUGGGCGACAAUAACACAAACUGUAAUAAUGCGAUCUCAAAUGCUGCUUCAUCCAUUACUUGCUUCAUCGUUUUGGUAGCACUCUGUCAUGGAUUACACAUCUCUUUGAAGCCUCUUUCACAACCUAGGAUCAUCUCAGAGACUGUUGUGGGUUUAAUUUUAGGCAAUUUAAGUCUUGUGAGGACAAAGCUACUGAGUUUAGAAAGUAACGGAUUGCAGAACAUGAAAUUCUUAACAGAUUUUGGAAUGACGCUUUACAUGUUUGCUUUGGGGCUUUUUCGCAUACCCAAAAGAGAGGCUAUAGUUGCAUAUACUGGAAUGUUCUUCACAUUUAUUUUAAUGUACAGCUCAACUCCUAUCCUACAAUAUGCAAUGAAUUCAAGCAUUGAAUUCAAUGUUACUUUUGCAAUACUCCUAUCAAGUACAGGAUCCCCAUUAUUAACUCGCGUGCUAACAGAUCUUAAGAUUGGUAAAUCCGAAAUUGGCAAAUUCGCCAUUUCUGCAGCCGUGUACUCGGAGUUGAUAACAAUAUUGAUCAUUUGCGUUGGAUAUGUGAUCUUCCAGCCUGAAAGUGGGUUCCAAAUACGCCGAAGAUUACUGGAAAGGCCUGAUAAACAUGAUCUUCUACAUGGUCCCGGACUUGUCCCUCUUGCUAUCUCAUUGCUGUUGCAAAUCAUUAUAACCUCAGUGGCAGGACCUCUUAUUUUUAGCUGGGUCAAUAAUGCUAACCCCUACGGUAAGCCACUUAAAGGCUCACACUUAGUGCUCUCUGUUGCAUUUGCAGUGUGUCUUGGUUGUAUUUCACCACUCACAGGCUUUAGUCCUGUGCUUAGUGCCUUCAUUACCGGGGUGUUUUUACCUCGACAAGGGAGGAUUUCACAGUUUAUUGUUAGUAAAGUCAAUUACCUCUUAACUUUUGUGUUUUACCCCUACUUUUUUGUGUGGGUUGGAUCAGAAGCACAAUUCGACCGAUUUCAAAUUCGAACCUUGAGCUCUUGGGCAAAGCUGUUUGGUUUCUUUGUCGUCGGAACAAUUGGAAAAAUCACUGGUGCUCUUCUAUCUGGGUUUCUUUCUGGAAUUCAAUGGCGUGAUUCUAUUAUGCUUGCAUCACUUUUGAAUGUCAAAGGCCAUUUACACAUAUAUGUGGCUAUUAUUGCUAUGAAGUUGUUCAAAAAGAAUUACAUAAUAUCAUCAUGA